AGAUGGUGUUGGUGGGUGACUGGGUGGUGCUGGUCAAGUCCGUCUUCUUCUCUCUCUUCUUCCCCGGCUCCAUUUCCAAAUACCCUCUUUCUCUUUCACCUUCCCUCUCCAAAAUUUCUCAGCUUUAUUUAAUCACAUCGUUACUAUAUAAAUUCCUGCAACAUAUAUAUUUAUAUAUAGUUGGGUAGAGGUAAGAAAACCAGAGAGAGAGAGAGAAGAAGCUCCCACAAUCGAGGGAGUAUUGGGAUGAUAGCGAUAGAUCUGGCAACCAUAGAGUGUUCGUGGUUCCAGUUUAGUCGGAAACAACUGUUAGUUCAUGGUCAGCAUUUACAGUGUGGUGCAGAUUCUAUGGAUCCGAUCAACGGAGGAAACAAUCUCAACAACAAUGCUAAUCUUGCUUCAAAACAGCGAUUGCGUUGGACACACGAGCUUCAUGAGCGUUUUGUUGAUGCCGUGGCACAGCUUGGUGGUCCAGACCGGGCUACACCAAAAGGUGUGCUCAGAGUGAUGGGUGUACAGGGUUUAACAAUAUAUCAUGUGAAGAGCCAUUUACAGAAAUAUCGACUAGCAAAAUAUCUUCCUGAUUCCUCUUCUGAUGGGAAAAAAACUGACAAGAAAGAAACUGGGGAUAUGCUUUCUAAUUUGGAUGGUUCAUCUGGAAUGCAAAUAACUGAAGCCCUCAAGCUACAAAUGGAGGUGCAGAAGCGGCUGCAUGAGCAAUUAGAGGUGCAGAGACAGCUUCAGUUACGAAUAGAAGCCCAAGGGAAGUAUUUAAAAAAGAUAAUUGAAGAACAACAACGACUUAGUGGAGUUCUUGCAGAAGCACCUGGAUCUGGAGUGUCAGCCCCAGUAUCUGGUGACAAUUGUCUAGAUUCUGACACUAAGAAUGAUCCUGGAACCCCUGGCCCUACUUCCGAGUCUCCUGUCCAAGAAAAGGCUGGGAAAGACCGGGCCCCAGACAAGAGCCUAUCUGUUGAGGAAUCUUUCUCAUCCCAUCAUGAGCCCCUGACUCCAGAUUCAGGAUGCCAUGGUGGAUCCCCAGCUGACAGCCCCGAAGGUGAGAGAUCCUCAAAGAGGCAAAGGGUGGGUAUGGGUGCAUCCUAUUCUAAACAGGAGCUGGUGCUUACACACCAGAUACUGGAGUCAAGUCUGAGCUCUUCCUACCAGCAACCACACACUGUUUUCCUGACUAGAGAGGGGUUUGAUCCUUUGUCUGCUUUACCAAUUAGGAACGAAGAUCAGUUAGAGAAGGUCUCAGGAAGUGACCUGUGAUUUAAUCUAUUGCAUGUUAUCUCAGGAUUGCAUUUUGCUUGUCUCUGUAUCUUUAGUAGGGAAAUAUUUCUGAUUAGGUCAAAGAUUGUUUUUAAUCUUUUCCUUCCUUUGUACUGAUUUUCUUUAAACUCAUGAGAUACUUGAGGACUAAUUAAAUUAGGAAUAUGAACCAUUGGUAGUUUGGUUCAUGUAUA